UGAGAAAGUAUUUCCAUGUUCCACCCACGUUCUCCUCAUCCUCUUCUCUGUUCUGUCCAUCAUCUACACCUCUACCAACGCAGCGUACGAGCCAGGAACUUGCGCGAGUCUGUACAGCACAGCAAGAUGCCCAUUCCACCCGCGAUCUUAACGCCGGACCUCCAAACCCCGAGCGAGAAUGUCUACCCGAGCCCGCUCCGCCAGACGCUCAACCAGUCGCUCUUAAAGACGGGCAGCCCGCCUGCGCUCAUCUCGCCACAUCCAAAGGUCCCCCCGCCGACGACGGUGAUCGAGGCGUCCAAGCGCCUCGCUGCAUGGACGGCCGUGGACCGACAUGUGAAGCCGGAUGACAAGGUCAUUGGCAUUGGCUCGGGGUCGACAGUGCCCUACGUGGUGGAGCGGAUAGUCGCGCAAGGCGCGGCGCGCAACAAGGACCGCGUGUUCAUCCCGACGAGCUUCCAGUCCAAGGAGCUCAUCGUGAGCGCGCAGCUGCUGCUCGGCGACGUCGACCAGUACCCCGUCAUCGACGUCACGAUAGACGGCGCGGAUUCGGUCGACGAGACGUUGAACUGCAUCAAGGGCGGCGGAGCGUGCCACCUGCGUGAGAAGGUGCUCGCGGAGGCUGCGGACACCUUCAUCGUCGUGGCGGACUACCGCAAGGACACUGACGUGCUUGGAAAGAACUUCCAGCAAGGCGUCCCGAUCGAGGUCGCACAGUUCGCCUAUGCGAAGGUGCUGCAGAACGUCCAUCUCGUCGGGUCGCCGAACGCCACGCUCCGCAUGGCGAAGUCGAAGGCGGGCCCCGUCGUCACGGACAACGGGAACUUCGAGAUGAUGCGCGACCCGUACACGCUCCUCACACGGCUCAAGAUGCUCACGGGUGUCGUCGAGGUUGGCCUCUUCUGCCACAUGGCGAAGGCUGCGUACUUUGGGAACCAGGAUGGCAGCGUUACAGUCAAGUGGCACGACGGCCGCAUCGAGAGCAUCGAUAGCGGAAACAGCCCGCUGCCCCGCCCUAUCGACACUCCACUGCCGCAAUACCCCAUUGGCGACAUCUCUCCGCUGGGCGGUGAGAAGAAGGAACAGGGUGUGAGUCUUGAGGAGGCCGCGAGCGGCGUUGGUUCACUUAAGAUUGAUUGAGCACUGUGUGGCCCACAGAAGUUUGAAUCUACUGUCAUACGUGUACUUGAAUAGCUGCUAUGUCCCAGAACAGUCUUUUGAUAUAGUUCUCUCGACGUCA